GACUAUGCCAGACGCAUCGCAGACUUAUUUGCACAAGCAGCAAAGGCACAAUGUCGAAUGCUGUUCUUACCAGAGGCCUUUGAUUGGAUCGGCUUGCCUGUUGAGGAAACCAAGUCUCGAGCCGUGCCGACGACACAUGCCGCGCUGACACGGUACUGGGACCUCUGCAAGCAACACAGCAUCUGGGCAUCCUUCGGCGGGGCUCAUGUUCAGACGGAUGACCCCCAAAAGCGCAUCGCCAAUCGUCACGUGAUAGUUGAUCCGCUGGGUCAAGUUCGCUCCACCUACGAUAAAAUUCACCUUUUCGAUGUCGAUACGGCCGACGGCGUCUUCAAGGAAAGUGAUUUCACGCAACCAGGCCGCACUCUGGUGACCGUGCCAGAUACUCCCCUGGGAACUCUCGGGCUGAGCAUUUGCUACGAUGUUCGCUUUCCCGAAGUCUACACGGAGCUCCGUGCUCGUGGUGCCGAUGUGCUUCUAGUCCCCAGCGCCUUUAUGCCUAGCACUGGCAAGGCCCAUUGGGAGGCUUUGCUCCGUGCGCGCGCUAUCGAAACACAAUGCUUUGUCAUUGCUGCCGCUCAAGCCGGCACACACGCACCGUCUACGCGCCGCUCGUAUGGGCACUCGCUCGUCGUUGAUCCUUGGGGCGAUGUGCUUGUGGACGGCGAUGCUGAAAAUGAAGGCUUAUUGGCCGUCACUAUUGAUUUAGAGCGGAUUACUGAGGUUCGGACAAAGAUGCCUCUCGCCAAUCAUCGCCAAGCUGUUCCCCGCCACUUGUUCACGACUCAGCAAGGUCUGGCCCAAGACCCAUGA